AUGAGCUUCUACACAAUGCGUCCUGUGACAUCAUCCGCCACCCUCCUCCUUCGGGCAAAGCCCUCGGUUGGACCUCUGCGUACCUUCUCAUCGUACGGCAACGCCCUCUCUUCCAAGCGGGAUAUGCAAACCGCAACUGCCUACCGCCCCCACACUCUUCCGUCCUCUUUCCCGCCACCUCGAAGCAGCGGCGGCGCCGACACCUCCAUCUCAGCAGAAUUCCCUCUUCCCGAGUCACAGCCCACUCAGCGAACAUCACAAAACACUGCGCCUGCGAUGAGUGUACGGGAAGGAGAAGCGCAAAAGUCCAAAUCGAGCUUCUCCGCUUCCCCGGCCGCUUCCAAGACUUCCCCGAAGCCCCGUCGGCCACUUCGGCCAAGGAAGGCAGCCAUGAAAUUGUCUGCCGUGGCCACCGAGCAACUCCGGAAAUUGAUGGAUCAGCCCGAACCGAAAUUCAUUCGUGUUGGUGUCAAGAACCGUGGGUGCUCGGGCCUCGCUUACCACCUCGAGUACGUGGAGCAGCCGGGCAAGUUCGACGAGGUCGUGGAGCAGGAUGGUGUGAAGGUCUUGAUCGACAGCAAGGCACUUUUCAGUAUCAUCGGCAGUGAAAUGGACUGGCAUGAAGACAAGCUGAGCCGACGAUUCGUUUUCCGCAACCCCAAUAUCAGUAAGUGGCCCGUGCAAUCUCACACCGGAUGUUUGAUUUUUUGA